GAGGGAGUGAGAAAAUACUGGGGGAUAUUGCAGAACAGAACAUAACAGAACCGACAUCACUGCUUUACCCCACCGUAAACCGGCGUGUGCCACCACUCUCCUCCCCCAAUUCGCUCUCUCCGUUCAUCCAGUCCAGUCAAGUAUGUGUGACGUGUCUAACCCCUAAGCGUGAGCCACCACUUUCCAUCAGCUCCUAGUGCAUGCUCACACGACGCACGAUCAACACGGUCCCGGUAACGUCGGAUAACAGUUGUAAAAACCGCGUGAUAAUCACGCGAAUCAAUAACGAACGAGUAAUAAAUAAAUUUGCAAUGAUAAUUUGCCAAAUUGAAGUGUUGUUUUAAUUGUAAAAUCAGUUACAUUGAUUUUAUCAAGUGCAUUGAUUUUAUCUUUUUUUUUUAAACUAUGAGUGAUACCAGCCGAAAUAGUUGAUCGAGGGACGCGGUACUGCAUCGGUCAAAUAAGGGGUUGAAUUAGAACAAUCGGAGACAAUGACACAGUACGCGAGAGAUUGAUUCUCGUUGUGGAUUUUUUUUUUAAUGCAAUUGUGAUUGGUGAUAUUGAUUAUGGAGUCUGAACAGAUGAUUGAGAGGGCAUCGAAUUCCGAAGAUUUGGGACUGCCUAAACCGUCUAAUAGUAUUCCUAGGCACAGUAUCGAUGCGAUACUCGGAAGAGGACAGAAGAGAAAUCAUCAGGAGAUGGAGGAGGGGACUAGGGAUAUCCAGUUUCCUGGGAAGGAUACUCAAGAGAGUACCGGUGAGAACUCUUGCAAUUCAACGGGUGGUGGAAGUGACGAGGAACUGGGUGCCAACUGUGACGAUGUAAAUCCAAGCAAAAAGAAACACCGGAGAAAUCGUACAACAUUCACGACUUAUCAACUUCAUGAACUCGAACGAGCUUUUGAAAAGUCACAUUAUCCGGACGUUUAUUCGCGUGAGGAGCUGGCUGUGAAGGUCAAUUUACCGGAAGUCCGUGUUCAGGUGUGGUUUCAAAAUAGAAGAGCAAAAUGGCGAAGGCAGGAGAAAAUGGAAGCUGCCAGACUGGGAAUUGCCGAUUAUCAUCAUCAUCCAGCAGCUAUCAGAAAUCAUGGAGCCCCGACGCUAGGUCUUCCUGGUGAUCCCUGGUUAACACCACCAGGUUUAUUAACAGCCCUCCCAGGAUUCCUCGCAGCUCCUCACACCGGCUAUCCAAGCUAUCUAACCUCGCCAAGACGACUGCCAUCACCUCCAAAUGUUGCAUCCGUUGGCAACGGAAUUCCAGGAGCGUUGAACGGCGGUCUAUCUGGCAUAACCUCAGUUCCCCACGUGCAGCCAUCACCGAGCCCACCAGGACACGAUCCACGAACAUCAAGUAUCCAAGCCCUGAGAAUGAGGGCCAAGGAGCACGUCGAGAGUCUCACCAAGGGCCUUCAGAUGGUUUGAAAUACGGAGGAUACCGGUGUCUCUGACACACGGUCACAACUGUCCGAUAAUACAGAUCCCAUGUGACAGCUCUUCGAUCCAUUAUCAUUGGAAAUUCCGGAGACGUUUCUCGAGUCAAGAGUUGCAAUGUGCAAUAUAGAGAAACGUGGGUGAGAAUAACUUAGAGAGUAGCUCAAGUAAAUGAACUACAAUUUUCAUUUAUCUCGAUUAACACCAAGAUCUGAUGAAGAAUGUAGACAGACGUGAUGAGAUAAUAGUUCAAGAUUUGUUGAGUGUGUUGAUUAUUUCACGAGAAUGAAACUGAUUAAAAUCGAAUCGCUAUUAUUAGAGGAUCUAAAAUAUUAUAAAUAUUAUAAAUAUAUAAAUUUAUAUGUAGAUUACGUAGACGUUUGAAGUGGAUAACUGGCGGAUUCUAGAGACGUAGACGAAAAUGACGAAACAGACGGUGAAAUUGAUAAGAAAAAAAAAACCGAAGUGUGAGAAAUUGUAAUGUAACAUGGAGAUACAUUCACGUAACAAUAUCAUGCAGUAUUAAUAAGUUAUAAGGCGACAAACAAUGUGAAACUCGAAAAUUCUAGUGUUAUGGUGAUUUAAAUUUUUUUUCAAUGAUUUAAGAUCAAUUUAAUGACAACAACCCUUUCAAUUUGUGCCCCAUGAAAUGUCGCUACACCAACCAAACAUCUAUUUGUAUAUAAUUGCUCGUGAUAAAAUAAAAAAAAAGAAAUUUGAUGUACAUAUUUAAA